CCCAUGUCGCACAAUGGACUUCCUCCACGUGCUUUGGUUGGUGUUUAUCGCCGGGCUGAGAGCAGGACAGGGUCGAGCCUGCCCCCAAGGCCAGUGGGAAUGUGACGACGGUAACUGUAUCUCUGCAGAAUGGAGGUGUGACGCGGAUGGAGACUGUCUCGAUGGCUCGGAUGAGACUGAGUGCCAAAGGCCCACCUCCAGCCCGUGCCCCGCGGGGCAGUUUGAGUGUGUGGAUUCUGUGGGGUGUGUGAACGAGUCAGGCAGAUGCGACGGCGUGCGCCAAUGCCCCACCGGCUCGGACGAGGAGGACUGUGUGACGAGUGGCGGCUGUUUGGAGGCAGACUGGCUGUGUCACAACGCCAUGUGUGUCCCGAGGGAGGCGCGCUGUGACGGCAACGAUGACUGUCUGGACCGCUCGGACGAACAGGACUGUGGGCUGUGUAAGGCGGGCUGGUUGCGUUGUCCCGAGGGGCUCUGUGUGUCUCCGGAGCAGCGGUGUGAUGGAAUCCGCCACUGUUCAGACGGAAGCGAUGAACCCCUGAGCUGCGGUCACACGUGCUCUGGGGCUCACGGGGGCUGUAGCCAUGAUUGCACGGAUGAACCAGGCGGGGUCCGCUGCAGUUGCCCCCCUGGACUCAAACUGUCAGUCAACGGAGUGAUGUGUGAGGAUGUGGAUGAGUGCAGCAAGCCCUUUCCCCCCUGCACUCAAUACUGCACCAACACCGUGGGCUCCUUCUACUGCCACUGCCGGGAGGGGUUCGUCCUGGACCAGUCUGUAUGUCUGGCCUCAGGUGGCGCCCCCAGACUGCUGUCUGUCCAGAAACGAUCCCUGGGCCUCGUUGGUCUCAAAGGCCAGGCUUUUAAAACGCUCUGGACAGCGGACUCUGAGCCUCUUGCCUUGACCUUUGACCUGGUCAGGGGGUGGUACUACUGGGCAGAGGGCCAGGGCUCGAUCUUCAAGACUGACGGGAGGAAGAACCACACUGUUUACACUGGGCUGCCAGGGAUCAUAUCUUUGGCUUGUGAUUGGUUGAAUGGAGAUUUGUAUUGGACCAAUCGGAAGACUCAAUCGAUCUACAUGGGUUCUGCUGAUGGGAAGGGCUUCACAACGCUACUGAGCAAAAGCAUCAGUCCAUCCGAGAUGGUGGUUUUACCCACGGAAAGCCUGAUGUUCUGGAUCAACCUGGGCCCGGGAGAGAGGGCGACUCUGGACUGCUCCUGGAUGGAUGGUGCCGACCGGAGAGCCCUGGUCGUCCUGACCACUCAGGGGGCCCACAGCCUCACGGUGGACGUGGCCUCCAGGAGACUGUACUGGAUCAGCGACUUCAAGCACUCCGUGGAGACGGUCAGGGUGGACGGCACCGGCCGUUCCUCGUUCCCCGGCCUGCUGGGCAGCACCGGGGCUGCCACUGGGCUCGCUGUGUUUGGAAACCGCUUCUAUUGGACGGACCGCCAAGGACUCUGGAGGGCAGAUCAGAACCCGACCAGCGUGAAGGCGUUGAUCCAGAGGGAUCUAGCCGCUCUUCCCUUCAUGACCGUCGUCCACGCGCUGCAGCAACCACAAGGCUCCUCUGCGUGUACAAACAGUCCCUGCCAGCUCUGCCUGCCCACCAAGAACAACCCCCUGGGCUUCACCUGCAGCUGCCCCGACUCAAAGAUACUCAUGCCAGACAGGAGAUGCGAAUACCCAAGGUUUGUGUAUGCAACUGCAGCGAGCAUCAACAUGUUGGAGUUCAAGGAGGGGGAAGUGAUUCAGACCCAGCUGUUUACCACAAAGGGCAUCCUCACCUACGACGUAGACUGGUACCGAGACGGGCUUUACUGGGCCAACAGAAGCGGCCAGAUACAGCACACCAGCCUCACGCAGCGCAAGACCCAACCUGUCCCCACGCUGCUACCAGUUUGUUUAAUCAAGUUGGACCAGCGAUCUGGAGUCAUCUUCUGGGUGUCAUGUGACCAGGCCACCAUCGGGAUCACUGUUGCAUUCGGUGGUUACCCGCAGGAACUGUACCACACCAAGGGGGGCGGGAUCAAGGACGUGUAUGUUGAUUGGCUGCGGGGCACGGUUUACUGGCUGGAGGGCGUCCGCCUCCUGAGCAUGGGGGUGCAGGGGGGUCCUGCCAAGGAGCUGCUGAACCUGAGCUCGGGCUUCACUGGGACCAUUGCCCUGGACCUGCGGGCCAACGCCAUGCUGUGGACCACGGCUUCUGCAGGCUUGUCAACACUGAGCUUGCUCCAGAAAAGGACCCACGUCUACGGCCCUCGAUGGAACAUCACAGGAUCAGUGGUUGCGGCAUUCGAACCCUACCUGCUGUCCCUCUCUGAUAAUGCCCUAACACUGUGGGACCGCCGAGAUGGGCGUAGCCUCAAGGUCGUGACCCUGGAUGGCAGUGUGUUUGGGGUGAUGGUGGCUCUGAAGGACAUAAGGGCAGGUCCAGACCAGCCCAUCUGCCCAAAGCCAUCGUUUCUGUGCCCUGAUUCGGCGGUGUGUCUGACCCCAAGCCAGCUCUGCGACGGGAAGGAAGACUGCCCGAAUGGGUUUGAUGAGAACCUUUGCGUUAAGAGCUGUCCUCAGAAAGGAGACUUCAGGUGCAAGGACCGGCGGAGCUGCGUCCCCAGGAGCUCAGUGUGUGACGGUCGUGCUCACUGCCACGACGGCUCGGAUGAGUUGGGCUGUCCUACCGUAGCAGCUGUGGCUCCCCAGACCAACGGCCUCAAGUGUCGCAAGGGAACCAAAGCCUGUAGAGACGGCCAGGAGUGUGUCCUCUUCUCUCACAUGUGUGACGGAGAGCCAGACUGUAAAGAUGGAUCUGACGAGGAGAGCUGUGCAAAGUAUUCUGUUCCUCCAAUGGUACCAGCCGUGGGCGCAUCAGACAAACCCUUCCCUACUGUGGUCUCUGGAGAGGUUGCUGGUCUUCCAGAGCCCCCACUUCCCCUCAAGGCCCUCUGUAUCAGCCCGGCAGUACAGUGUCCUCUAUCAGACAUCUGCAUCUUCCAGACUCAGCUCUGCGACGGCCGGAAAGACUGUCCGGAUGGAUCAGAUGAGGGGAACUGCGUGAAAAGAUGUGCGAAUAAAGCUGACUUCAGGUGUAAGGACCGGCGGAGCUGCGUCCCCAGGAGCUCAGUGUGUGACGGUCGUGCUCACUGCAACGACGGCUCGGAUGAGUUGGGCUGUCCUACCGUAGCAGAUGUGGCACCCCAGACCAACAGCCUCAAGUGUCGCUUGGGCUCCACACCGUGUGGAGACGGGAAACAGUGUGUCCCUCACACUCACAUGUGUGACGGUGAGCCAGACUGUGGAGAUGGAUCUGACGAGGAGAACUGUGAAAAGUAUUCUGUUCCUCCACCGGUACCAGCCUUGGGCUCAUCAGACAAACCCUUCCCUACUGUGGUCUCUGGAGAGGUUGCUGGUCUUCCAGAGCCCCCACUUCCCCUCAAGGCCCUCUGUAUCAGCCCGGCAGUACAGUGUCCUCAAUCAGACAUCUGCAUCUCCCAUGCCCAGCUUUGCGACGGCCCGAAAGACUGUCCAGAUGGAUCGGAUGAGGGGAACUGUGUGAAAAGAUGUGCAAAUAAAGCUGACUUCAGGUGUAAGGACCGGCGGAGCUGCGUCCCCAGGAGCUCAGUGUGUGACGGUCGUGCUCACUGCAACGACGGCUCGGAUGAGUUGGGCUGUCCUACCGUAGCAGCUGUGGCUCCCCAGACCAACGGCCUCAAGUGUCGUAAGGGCUCCAAGGCCUGUAGAGAUGGCCAGCAGUGUGUUCUCUACUCCCACGUGUGUGACGGAGAGCCAGACUGUGGAGAUGGAUCUGACGAGGAGAGCUGUGAAAAUCAUUCUGUUCCUCCACUGGUACCAGCCUUGGGCUCAUCAGACAAACCCUUCCCUACUGUGGUCUCUGGAGAGGUUACUGGUCCUUCAGAGCCCUCACUUCCCCCCAAGGCCCUCUGUAUCAGCCCGGCAGUACAGUGUCCUCAAUCAGACAUCUGCAUCUUCCAGACUCAGCUCUGCGACGGCCGGAAUGACUGUCCGGAUGGAUCGGAUGAGGGGAACUGUGUGAAAAGAUGUGCAAAUAAAGCUGACUUCAGGUGUAAGGACCGGCGGAGCUGCGUCCCCAGGAGCUCAGUGUGUGACGGUCGUGCUCACUGCCACGACGGCUCGGAUGAGUUGGGCUGUCCUACCGUAGCAGCUGUGGCUCCCCAGACCAACAGCCUCAAGUGUCGUAAGGGCUCCAAGGCCUGUAGAGAUGGCCAGCAGUGUGUUCUCUACUCCCACGUGUGUGACGGAGAGCCAGACUGUGGAGAUGGAUCUGACGAGGAGAGCUGUGAAAAUCAUUCUGUUCCUCCUCUGGUACCAGGCUUGGGUGCAUCAGACAAACCCUUCCCUACUGUGGUCUCUGGAGAGGUUGCUGGUCUUCCAGAGCCCCCACUUCCCCUCAAGGCCCUCUGUAUCAGCCCGGCAGUACAGUGUCCUCAAUCAGAUAUCUGCAUCUCCCAGACUCAGCUCUGCGACGGCCGGAAUGACUGUCCGGAUGGAUCGGAUGAGGGAAACUGUGUUAAAAGAUGUGCGAAUAAAGCUGACUUCAGGUGUAAGGACCGGCGGAGCUGCGUCCCCAGGAGCUCAGUGUGUGACGGUCGUGCUCACUGCAACGACGGCUCGGAUGAGUUGGGCUGUCCUACCGUAGCAGCUGUGGCUCCCCAGACCAACAGCCUCAAGUGUCGCUUGGGCUCCACACCGUGUGGAGACGGGAAACAGUGUGUCCCUCACACUCACGUGUGUGACGGAGAGCCAGACUGUGGAGAUGGAUCUGAUGAACAACACUGCAGCAACCAAAUAUACCAGACCCCAGUGGAGAGUUUUGGCCAAUCACCCUCGCCCAGAGCCUCGUUUCCUGUCGCCAGAGAUACAGGGGUGGCUAACUCUGUGGUGUGUCCACAACAGUCUCUUCCCUGUCCCGGUUUAUCCACCUGCAUUGCCAUCACGCAGUUCUGUGAUGGAAGGAAGGACUGCCCAAACGACUUGGAUGAGUUGGGCUGUCCUACUGACGUAGGGGCUGUGGCUCCCCAGCCCAGAGGUCUCAAGUGCCGUAAGGGCUCCAAGGCCUGCAGAGACGGCCAGCAGUGUGUUCUCUACUCCCACGUGUGUGACGGAGAGCCAGACUGUGGAGAUGGAUCUGACGAAGAAGAAUGCCAACUGGCUUGUAAAGAAGGCGAGUUAAAGUGUGCUGACGGGAGGCGGUGCCUACCCAUGGAUCAGGUAUGUGAUGGAAAGCCCCACUGUCCAGACCACUCGGAUGAGAGCGACUGCUGGAAGCCCUCAAAGAGCUGCCAACAUCGCUGUGACGACAACAAACGCUGCCUCCCUAAAAGCUUCCUGUGUGAUGGAGAGCGGGACUGUCAGGAUGGCUCUGACGAGAGCAACUGUGCGUCUCACCAUAAUGACCCUCCAGGGCCCACACAUGAGCUUCUCAGCACCCCAGCAUCUCCCCAGAAUCGGUGCCUCUCUCCCAGGCUGCUGUGCGCCACCUCCUCCCUCUGUCUGUCUCAGAAGCAGAUAUGUGACGGACAGAAAGACUGUCCGGAUGGAUCAGAUGAGAAAGACUGUUUGACCCGUUGUGAAGACCCAGCAGCCUUCCUGUGCAGAGAUGGGAGUCGCUGUGUUCCCAGACAGCUGGUGUGUGAUGGUCGCUCUCAGUGCCCGGAUGCUUCAGAUGAGGAACAGUGUGACGCUAAAGACCCCUCGGUUUCCUAUCGCGGCCCCAGUCCUCCGGCCGCCCCCCUCAGGUGUAGACUGGGGUCCAAGCUGUGCCGGGACGGCAGGGAGUGUGUGAUCUACAGCCACGUGUGUGACGGGGAGGCGGACUGUGUAGACGGCUCUGACGAGGAGGACUGCAGCUCCCAGUGCAAAGGGGGUUUCCAGUGUGCCCAUGGCAGCAGGUGCAUCCCCCUGGACCAGGUGUGUGACGGCCAGUACCAGUGUCGGGACCGCUCAGACGAGCUGGACUGCCCGGUGCUGAUGGAGGGCUGCCAGCAUGGCUGUGACAACAACACGCGCUGCAUCCCCCAGAGCUUCCUGUGCGACGGGGAGAGGGACUGUGCCGACGGCUCAGAUGAGGGGACGUGUGCUGUGCAGCAGUGCGGGAUAGCCCAGUUCCGCUGCUCCAGUGGCCAGUGUGUGUCGGAUGGCCUGCGGUGCGAUGGAUACGCAGACUGCCGGGACCGCUCAGACGAGGUUGCCUGCAGCAGACCCCCGCGGUGCAAGGCGGACCUCCGCUGUCCCAACAGCCAUGAAUGCCUGCAGAAGGAGUGGCUGUGCGACGGGGAGAAGGACUGCGAGGACGGGUCGGACGAGAAGGACUGUACGUUUGCUGCAGAGAAGUGCAGGGCGUUUCAGUGGCAGUGUGGAGACAGCAGCCAGUGUGUCCCGCUCACCUGGAGGUGCGAUGGACGGAAGGACUGCCAAAACGGUGUGGACGAAGACAAAUGUGGCGCCCCAAAGUGUCCUACUCCGACGUUCCAGUGUGGGAGCAGAGAGUGUCUGGACCCCGCCCUGGUCUGCAACAGCAUCACCAACUGUGCCGACGGGUCCGACGAGGGCCCGGGGUGUCUGCAGCAGAAUUGCUCCAGUCCAGCAGCACCCCGCUGUGACCACCGCUGUGUCACCACCCCCCAUGGAGCGAGGUGCUACUGUUCCCCGGGCUUUAGGCUUCACACCAGCGGGAUGUCCUGCGUGGACGAGGACGAGUGUAACCAGGGCGACGCUGUGUGCAUGCACCGCUGUCUGAACACGCCCGGCUCCUACGUCUGCCGCUGCCACCCGGGCUUCCUGCUGGAGCCUGGCAAGAGGACCUGCAAACCCAAAGAUGAGGCGAUGCUGCUGGCCUCGGUGCAGUCAGAGCUGCUGGUGGUGGGGCUUCACUCGGCCCAGAUCAAGCUGCUGUCCUGGGCCAGCCGGCCCGUCUUCUCCCUGGACUACCACUGGCAGAAGCAGAGGGUCUACUGGCUGAGCCCCGACCACCAGAGCGUCCGCUGGGCGCAUCUCAGUGACCCAAACAUUAAGGGGACUCUUGUCAAAGGUCUGAGGUCAGACUUCCUGGCAGUGGACUGGGUGGGUAUGAACCUGUACUGGGUGGACGGCCUGCUGGCCCAGAUUGUGGCGGUGCCGCUGGUGGACUACCUGGUGCGUCCACAGAACUACACUGUGGUUCUGGACGAGGACCUGCAGCAGCCCAGCUCUCUGGUCCUGCUGCCCCAUCGAGGCCUGAUGGUGUGGUCCGAGAUCGGCAGCAAUCCUCAGAUCGAGCAGGCAGGGAUGGACGGGUCCAAAAGGAAGGUGCUGGUCAACAAAAGCCUGAGCUGGCCCACCAGCUUGACCUUUGACCUCCUUGGUGACAGGCUUUACUGGGUCGACGAGAAGCUCCGCUGCAUUGGCUCCGCCUCCCUGGACGGAGACAACCUGAAGAUCCUCCAGCUGGAUGAAACUCCAAGUCCGUUCUCGGUAGCGGUGUUCAACGACAGGGUGUAUUGGUCGGACACCAAGAGGAGAACGAUUCGCUCUGCCGAUAAAUCCACCGGGAAAGACCAGAAGGUUCUGCUGAAAAGACCAGGACAACCAUUUGGACUCAAGCUGAUGCAUCCCCUCUCCCAGCCCGCCCUCAUCAGCCCGUGUGACAAGACCAGGUGUUCCCACAUCUGCCUGCUGGGGCCGGGCUCCGGGGCCCUCCAGGGGCCCACCGCUGUGUGCCGUUGCCCAUUGGGGCUGUUCCUCUCCCAGAGCAGAGUCACCUGCUCCCCCCCUUCAGAGAGCGCCUUCCUUCUACUGCUUUCCCAGACCUCCAUCACCCAGGUGUUCCUGAGCUCCCUCCAGAACGGCGUCUCUCUCCAGAAGCUGCCCGCUGUCCACCGGGUCGUGAGCAUUCCUGCGGUGAGCCGGGCGUCCGCUCUGGAUGCCGACAUCCACGAGCGGUCGGUGUACCUGGCCGACGGCGGCCACGGCUCACUGGAGCUCCUGAAGCUGAGCGCCUCCAAGACCAAGCAGGCUCUGACUCCAGCUGGAAACAUCCUCACACUCAAGAAGGAUGAUGAGGUAACUGCGCUGGCUGUUGAUUGGGUGACCUCCAACGUCUACUGGACCAGCCUUAACCUGCCCGACCUGCACCUGACCUCCAUCGACGGAGCCUACACCACCGCCCUCCUAGAGGGCUCGCUAAAGGGCUGUACCUCCAUUGCGGUCCAUCCACCCUCCGGGCGUCUCUGCUACUCGGCAGUGGGGAUGUCAAGGAAGACUGCGUCACAGGUUGACUGUGCCUACAUGGACGGCCGUAAACGGGUGGUCCUGUGGAAGAAAAGCAACAUCCCUACCUCCCUGGUUUUUGACAAAGACGGCAAGCGGAUCUUCUGGGCUGAUUUAGCUGAGGGCGUGGUGGGCUCCAUGGGCGUGGACGGUACUGGGUACAGGGCCUACCAGACGGGCCCAGGCUUCCUCAUGCUCUUCACCCGUGUGGACAACAUGCUGCUCUGGGUGACCUCUGACCAGGGAACCAGCAGACUGUGGGUGAGCGACGGGCUUCAGCCCAGACAGCUCUGGUUCCAGAUAAGGUCCUCCCUGCUAUCUCUCAAGGCCUACAGCAGGUCCAGCCAGACGGGGAGCAACAGCUGCUCCGUUCAGAAUGGAGGCUGUGCUCAGCUGUGUCUCGCACACCCUGACGGGCGGACCUGUCGCUGUGGGUGGGACUUCCGCAUUUCAGAUGUCACUUCCUGUGUUUCGGUGCCGCCCUGUGAGCCUGGCCAGGAGUCCUGCGGAGGUAGAGGCGGUAUCAAAGCUUGGGUUGGAGUGGAUGAGGCCAUUGCUGCCGUUCCUGGCGUCCAGAAGAACUUGACUUCCUGUGACAGCACGCACUGCAGCGGCCAGGGAAGAUGCUCCGGCGUGGACCUGGCCUGCCAGUGUAACCAUGGCUACAGUGGCGAGUUCUGCCAAGUGGAAGAGGGAGGGAGCCACGUCCCCGCUGUCAUAGCGACCCUGUGCGCCCUGACUGGACUGGUUGCUGCGGCGGUGGGGUACAAGAAGAGGCGUGCGUGUGGGCUGGGGAGGAGGCGGUCCAUGGAGAAGGAGACAUUGAUGACCAACAUGGCGAUGUCCCUGCCAGAGGACUUCUAUGACUCCGACACCGAGGAUCUGGACUCCCCCGUGGACCCGGUGGAGAAUGGCACGCCAGCAGAACCAGACAAAGAACCCCCUGGGCCCCAACCCUAAGGACUAGUAACUUAAGACUGUCCAGACUCCUGGAUGAACCGGCCACAUGUGACAUUAUAGUGCAUUAUACCCUUUUUAAAUGGACAUUUGACUCGACCGUGUAAUCAUGAAAUAAUUCAAAAAUACAUGUAAAUACUCAACGUUCUUACCAUGGCUGGACAUUAUUCAAAUAUUGGUUGCCUCAAUGAGUCAUCUGCUUUGACUUUGGACAUGCUUGGGCAAUUUAUUUGGGUGUGUCAUAGCUUGAUAUCUUUACUAAUAAACAUGCUGCUGAA